UAUGCGUGAUCAGAUCACUGCUAAAUUGAUAGUGCUCGCUAAGUAAGGAGCAGUCGAAGGACUGACGGCGUUGUUCUAGGUCUUCAGUUUCCCAAUAAUUCACGGGUUUCACAUCGUACAGAUAAUUUGAAUUCAUACAACAUGCUAGACCUUCUAGCGAACAUCCCCUUUGGAGUAAAAGUCACGUGCACACUUCUGGGCCUCAUCAUUUAUCUCGGAUACAAAUUCAUCACAAAAAAUUUUGAUUACUGGCAAAAGCAAAACGUUAAAUUUUUGAAGCCAGUACCCGUUUUCGGAUCAAUCUCGUCGGUUUUCCUCCAAAAAGAGCACCUCUGCCAGUUCAUGCAACGCGCGUACCAUGAAAAUGAGGGUGAACCUUUCGUCGGAUACUUCCAGGGCAUGACACCUACCCUCUUGGCCAUCGACCCCGAACUGAUCAAGAAAAUUUUCGUCAAGGAUUUCUCACAUUUCGUUGACCACGGAUUUCAAUUUAGUGAAGAGGCAGAUCCAUUACAGGCAAAGAAUCUAUUCCAUUUAGGAGGGCAGAGGUGGAAAGACAUACGCACAAAGUUAAUUCCAACUUUCACGUCAGGAAAAAUCAAAUCCAUGUUUCCCUUGAUAAAUGAGUGCAAUGAAAAGUUUGAUGAAUAUUUGGAAAUACUGGCUGAACGUAACGAAAGUUUUGAGGCCAAAGACCUCCUAGGCCGUCUAUUUACUGACAUAGUAGGUUCGUGUAUUUUUGGAAUUGAAUGCAACUCUAUCCAAAACCCUGAUAACCAAUUCCGAUCCAUGGGGAAGAGACUGACAACCAAGAGCGUGGUUCAAGCUUUCAAAGUUCUGUUCGUCGUGUUUAUUCCAAAGGUUUUUGCCAAGUUCAAUGUAAGAAUUCUCGAUAAGGACGUGACUGAAUAUUUUAAAAAAGUUACCAAGGAUAUGGCGAAGACAAGAAAGGAGCGAAACAUUGUGAGAAAAGAUUUUCUGCAGUUGUUAAUCGAGUUGAAAGAUAAGGGUAGCGUUGCAAUUGAUGAAGAUGACGAAGACAAGUACUUGAAAAAAGAAGCCUUCAAUCAAACCACCUCUAACGCUACAUUUAAAUUUGACGACAUUGAUUUGGCCGCCCAGUCCACCGUUUUCUUUCUAGCUGGGUUUGAAACGUCAUCUACAUUGAUUUGCUUUACAUUGCUGGAGUUAGCAAUGAACCAAGAUGUGCAGAGAAAAGCGCAGUCCGAAGUUGAUAAAAUUCUUUCCCAAUCUAAUGGAAAAAUCACUUAUGAAAUUCUAAAAGAAAUUAAAUAUUUGGAUUGGAUCCUUAAAGAAGCUUUGCGGAAGUACCCACCGGUUGCAUUGCACAUGCGGAUGUGCACCAAAACGUAUAAAAUACCAGACACAAAAGUUACUCUACAGAAAGGCACAUUUGUUGCGAUUCCUAAUUACGCACUUCAAAACGAUCCGAAGUACUUCCCAGACCCUGACAGAUUUGACCCUGAAAGGUUCAGUGACGAAGAAUUGAUGAAGAAAUAUCAGUACAUCUACACGCCUUUUGGAGAAGGACCUAGGCAAUGCAUCGGAAAUCGAUUCGCACAAGUUCAAUCGAAGCUGGCGCUUUUCACGUUCCUCCGAAAGUACACGGUUUCCAAGUGCCCAGAAACAGAAUUCCCAGUCAAGAUUGAAGAAAAGCAGUUCAUUGUUACUUCUAAGAGUGGAAUUUUCUUGAAAAUUGAAAAACGCAACAAUCUCCUUGAAAAAUUAUCAUAAUAUUAUUCAUAAGAGAAGAGAAGAAAUUCGAUUAUAUCUAAUGUUUAUUGUUGGCUCUGUAGCUUUAGAAAUGCGGAACACUUUGGAGCUGUAUUUAUACCAUUUGCAUAGCACAACACCAGCGCAGGUUGCAUACCAGUUGCGUACUAUCCUCUUUGUAACUUAAAAAAAAUACAUAAUUCUUAUUAUUUUUUUUCAAUUUCUCAUAAAAAAAAAAAAUAAUAAUAAUUGCUUUGAAACAUGAAGCUGAAAGUUAAAAUUUGGAAAUUUGGAAUAAAACUGAAUAUAGCUUUUGACUAUUUUUCUGUGGAUAAUAAAGGAAAGCAAAGUAAUCAAUUUUAAACCAAAAAUCCUUGAUUGUACAACACUACUUCAAUUAAAGAAAAACUGAUUAUAAUCUCCAGUUACCCCAAAAAUAAUUAUAUACCAACUGAUUCUUCUUUUUAAUCAUAGAAAUAAUUGUAGUAUUCUCCUCAAC